AUUCUUACGAUCCCUGAUCAGGUUAUUGCAAGGAGAGGGAUGGGAGGACAGUACGCAAUAACGGAGUAUCGUGACUCGUGGAGAUUCAAAAAAUAAAUAAACGGAACCUGUAGGCCCUGUAGCCAGUGCGUUAUCGAACGAAGCUCCUUGAGCAACUGUGAGAAACGAGAUUUUAUGCCUCAAAAGGAAUAGACGUGUUUGAGGAAAGAGAAACACAAAUCUUUCGGUUGUCAUAAUACUGGAGAAACCAUAUGGAUUGCUGUUUCGCCAAUCAAUAUGAUAGCUCUCAAAUUACAGAGACAUUUCCAAAUGUCUCUAGUCCAGAAAUGUUUGACAGCGAUACUGAAAGUGAUACAGAUAACAAAAAUGUUGAAACGUUAACUGUGGCUAAUACACUGGCGGUGAUUCCUUCACGAGAACCUACGCAGGCUGAAUUAAUUGCAAAAUCGGACAGUUACAUGCUGAUUAGAAUUAACAAGUUUUUGAGUGGUGUCCCACCUCCACCGAGACAAACGACAUGUCAGAGUGAUUGCUCCGAUUUUCUACAACAUAUUUAUAAAAAUCGUCAAUUGUUCUACAUCGGAUAUCCAUUGUCUACUGAAAGUUUGGAAUCUACAGAGAGCACCCAGCAAUUGAGAAUUGCGGAAACUAAUGAUGGAAAUGCCUCUAAUCGGUGUGCAAAAGGCACUUUGAAAAAUUUGACAACUGCCUUUAAUACUUGUGAUUUGCCAGUUGAUAGUGCAAAGGAUACAAAAUUAGAUAUAAACAAUAGUAAUAACGACGACUCAAAUGUACAAUAUAGUGUUCCUAAGGAGUUGAAGAAUCCAGUUAAUGCGAUUAAAGAAACAGUCCAAGUUCCACCUAUCGUAGACAAUUCAGACGUAUCUCAUGAGCGAUCUCCUCUUCUUUAUCAUACAAUUGAUGAAAAUGAAGCUAAAACAUUAACGUGGCCUCAGGCUUAUUCUCACAAAUUUCAUGGCAUACAUUAUAACAGAAGUAGAACCGUAGAAGAGUUUGAGAAUUUGACAGUUAAAUUAUGUGAAAGGUACAUAGGAGCUGAGACGCAAUCUACUUGUAAUAUAUGGUUUUCAAAACAGCCACCGGGAAGUGCGAAAAAGCGAAGUUUAUUGACAAAACGUGGAAACGGUCAAAGUCCAGAGAAAAGAUUGACGCAUUUAGCUAAGAGACGUAGAACUUUCUGUAGCGCUAACUUGCAAGGAUUGGGACUCACUGAUAAAAGGCAGUUGAUGAUACCAAUCAAGAAGCUUGCGCAUAAAAAGGGGAAAAGUCCAAGAGGUAAAAGUUUACGUGGUAAAAGUCCAAGAGGCAAGAGUCCUCGAGGUAAAAGCCCAAGGAGUUCAACGAAAAAAAAAGUUGUUCGGAGAUUAAUGCUAGAUGAAUCGAGUCCCUGUAAAUCCAAAUUAGAAACUUCGAAACGUGCGUUGUUUCAAAGUCCUCCAUCGGAUCAUGCUGGUCCUAGCAAAUUGUUAGGUGCGAGUAAUACGGAUACUCAAAAAAUUAAACGCGUUUUAUUUUCAACACCGAGAAAAGAUGAAUCUGAAGAUUCGAAACAAACAUCUUCGAAGGAAGAAAGUAGAAAAAGAAAGUGCGAGGAAGAAUUGCAAGGGCCACGAUUGAAAUGGGCAAAGAGUUUAUCGUUCGAUUGCACACACGAUUUAAAAAAUACCUCGAAAGUUACGUGGGAUAGACAUUCGUCGAGCAGCAUUCUUUCGAAAAAUGAAACCUCUUUUAAUCAAGCGAAGAACGAACUAAGUGAUACUCAUAAAAAGAAAUUACUUUGGGCGGUUGCGGAAGCCCUACGAAGCAAAGGCAUCGGCAUGAGUCACCCGAAAUUUAAACAAUAUGCUGCAAACUUGGCACGCACAAUCAAAAAAUUCAUGCCUGAACUAGAAAAUAAAAAUAUUCCGCGGAAACCUGGAAGUACGAGCGAUCGUAUGUUGAAAUUAGCCAAACAUCACGUGCUGUUUCUUAUCGAUACUAGGCCAAUAGAUUGACAGUACUCGUUAGUACGAUUAGUAAAAUUCAAUAAAUUGCACGAAUGAUUUGCUUUUUAGCAAACGAAACAUUACUGAAACGACCAAAUAUAUAUAUAUAUAUAUGGGUGCUUGUACAUUUAGCCGACGUGUGUUUACAUUAUGACUUUUAUAUAACUUAAUAACGUAAGAUAAAUGUAAUUAAAGAGUAAUUAUAUAAGAUAAAAAAAUGGGAUUGUAUAUUGUUACACCACAUGCAGGGUAUUAAACAUUUUUUAUCGUGUAUAAAUGAAAAUGUGUUUUUUUAUAAGCAUAGUUUUAUUAGCUUUAAAAUAGUUAUAUUUCACAACUUAUAAAUAAUUAAUAAAAAGCGCUUUCCUGAAGUAAAACGCAA